GGCGAAGUAGCGGAGCGUGACUCAGCAUUUUCUUCGUGCAGAUGCUAGAAAGUCUGGUCGAUCAAUCACUCCCUGCUUUGGUUGUGCCUCGACCCGCAGCUUUUCCGACAUGCCUGGCGAGUACACCCUCACCUAUUUCCCCGUUCGAGGGCGUGGAGAGGCCAUACGCAUGCUGCUGGCUGAUCAGGGUCAGGAGUGGAUAGAGGAUGUGGUGAAUGGGGAGAUUUGGCAGAAGGGAGAUCUCAAGCAAUUAUGUGUCUUUGGCCAACUGCCUAGAUUCCAGGAUGGGAAUUUUAUAUUGCAUCAGUCAAAUGCUAUUCUGCGCCACUUGGCUAGGAAUCAUGGACUCUAUGGUCAAGAUGCAAAGGAAGCAGCACUGCUGGACAUGGUGAAUGAUGGUGUGGAGGACCUGCGUCUUAAAUAUGGCCACUUAAUCUACCAGAACUACGAAUCUGGCAAAGCUGCUUACAUUGAGGCCCUGCCAGCUGAGCUGCGUCCCUUUGAGAAGCUUUUGGCUCAGAAUGAUGGAGGGAAAGGCUUCAUUGUAGGCAAACAGAUUGCCUUUGCAGACUAUAAUCUGCUUGACCUUCUACACGUCCACUUGGUCCUGGCACCCAACUGCCUGGCUUCCUUGCCUUUGCUGGCUGGAUAUGUGCAGCGCCUCAAUGCCCGGCCACUUCUCAAGGAUUUCCUGGAAUCAGAUGCCCGUAAGAAACGUUUCAUCAAUGGGAAUGGCAAGCAGUGAAGCCAUUUCUCUAGGAUGAACCCUGAAGAAAGAGGGACAAAGGCAGGUGGGAACUCACCAUGGAAGUCUUCCCAGCUACACUCUGAGGUUCUCAUCAUCAACUGCCCAGUGUGAAGGAUCCUAGAAAUAUGCUGUUUUUCAAAUAUUAAUUAUAUGUAUAAUCUUUGAAAACAUUUUCAUUUGGAAAGCUUGCAAUAAACAUACCUAAACUCUACUAAAUCCAGUUAUGUCUUGAUUGUACCCUUUUCCUCAUUCCACAGCAUGCAUUACUUGUACACCACUGAAAUAUGGGAGAAGUUGUUGAAUGUCUUGUGUAAAUAUACUGAGCGUAUAAAGACGAACAGAAGAUCAUCUUCCCACAUUUGU